AUGGCGCAAAAUGCCGUCAGCGAAGCCGGGGGAAAACGAGCGGCCCGGCGCGACGAAGGCGAACAAGUCGAAGCGCUUGCAGCGGAACCACCACCACCGGAACCAACACCAACGCCAGAACCAGCGCCAGUUCCGGUUCCCGCAAUUCCGCCAGCGGAAUCCGCACCCACACCCUCGCCAGCACCCUCGCCGGCACUUCCAACCGAAGGUGCUCCAGCAGUUCCUUCCGCAGAAGGUGCCCCACCGGAAGGAGCUGCGCCCGCGCCUGCUGAAGGUGCGCCUCCAGCAGCUCCAGCAGAAGGUGCACCGUCUGCGGAAGGUGUCGCACCUCCGACGGAAGGUUCCGCGCCACCAGCGGAAGGAACUGCGCUUCCCGCUGAAGGAACCGCACCUGUUGCUCCUGCGGAAGGAGUACCACCAGCGGAAGGUGCACCGGCUGAAGGAGCACCUCCAGCUGAAGGCUCCGCACCCGCUCCUGUCGAGGGUGCACCCGUAGAAGGAGCACCCACUGCACCUCCAGCGGAAGGUGCAACACCAGCAACACCGGAAGGAACUCCUGCGGCUGCGGCAGCGGAAGGAGCUCCUGCAGUCGAAGGAACUACUCCUGCAGCAGCUCCAGCGGAAGGUGCACCAGUACCUCCCGAAGGAGUGGCUGUUGCACCAGCAGACGCGACACCCGCGGCUCCAGCACCGGCGCCCGCCGAAACUAAUCUAGUUUUGAUAUUGCGAGUUACAAUCCGCAUCAGAGGCAAUCCCGCGCAAAAGAGCGCGAAAUACAUCAUGAACGCACCUGCAUCGUAACUUGGACGAAAAUGAGAAAGAAGAGAGAGCGAAGGAUCACACAUUUUUCUGCCACUUUCCUCUCGUCAAGCUUUGGAGGAACCUGCACGGUGCAAAAAUAUAAAAAAUGGAUAUGAGAAACCGCCUUUACGAUAUCUCGCAGUUAUCUUAUCAUCCUCGUCAUCAUCAUCAUCAUCAUUAUCAUCCUCGUCGCCCAGCGUCCUUACCAUCAUCUCUAUCGCCGCUGCCUCAUCGCUCAUGCCUUGCAUAUUCAUCGCUCAUGCAUCACGAAACUCGCACGUGCCGCACGAGAUACAAAGGGAAACAGAAUAACUACGUGCGAGAAACAGAGAAAGAGAGAGUCGCGUGUCUCACCGCGUGAUAUGUCUUAUACGGACUCGACGCGGAGCUCAUAUUUUAUUUGUCUGAUAUCCGUUAUGGGAAACGAAUCUGCGUGUCAUUAAAAUGCCGGAAACGAAACUGUCCUUAUUCGGCGAACGCGAGCUGCGAUUAUUAAUCGAGAUUAUGUCAAGCGCAUUAUACGCACACGAUUUUGUCACGUUCGCUCGAGCACUCCGAUAACUUUUCUAUCAAACGAUUGCUAUUAAUAGCAACAAUGGUGCAAGUAACGAACUAAACGCGCGUCGGAAAUUCUGAAAAUAAUCCACUGCGGCACGUCGCAGUUCUCUUUACACAGAUCGAUAUCGAAUCGACACAUCUUCUGUAUACGAGAAAUUGGAUUUCGUAAUAAAAGCUUUUCUUCGAUUACUGGUAA